UUCGUAAUUUCAUUUAAUACAACACUAUAGCUUUAGCCCUAUAGGUCUAUAUAGCCCAUAGGCCAGGCCUCAACUGACAAGUUGGAAGCCCAGUAGGCCCACGUUCUCUUCCGUCCGAGCGAACAAGAAUCAAGAUUAUUAAUAAAAUCAAGUCAAUCAGCGACUCCCCUCACUCGAUCAACUCCUCUCUUCCAGAGCUUGAUCUUCCUUUUUACAGAAACCACCAUUAUAGAGCAUCUCUCGCAUUAACCAUAAAAAACCAUGAACAACUAAUCUUGAAAACUCAUCUCCCAUGCCUGGAAGUCUUUCUUCUGCAGUUCUGCAUGCGUGAUAAUCCGGAAUUUCUGAUUGAGACGACACCUCUUCCGCCAUGGUCCCGCUUGGAGAAUCUUACUCCAACCAGCUUCCUUCAACGCAGUCUCGCUAUUCUUCUUCUUCUUCUUCUUCUUCUUCUUCUUCUUCUGCUUCUUCUUUGUCUUCAGCUAAGGUUCAAAGGCCUUUAGGUAGAUCCAUGCGAACCAUUCGCUCGAAUCUCUUCCAAAAAGAAGAUACCUGCUCGUGUCCGGGUCCGGUCGAUGGAAAUUCCUCCCGAGUCUCGGAAACCUUAACGGAAUCCGUUAUCGAUUUCAGGCUUAGAGAGCUUGCCAUGGAGAGCAACGAACCAAUUAAGUCCUCGUUUUCGGAUUUUGAUUUGCUCGAAAUUUCCCAAGCUAUUAGCGAUUUUUCGGCUUGCAGUAGCGACAUCUCAGGAGAGCUGCAGAGGUUAGCUUCGCUUCCGUCAUCAGCAGAGCAGCACAACUGUGAAGACUCGGAUCUCGAGAACGAACCGUGGUUAGGAUUCCUGCAACGAGAGAACCUCUCGUCAGAUAUAUUUGACAACACUUCCCCGGAAAAUCUCAAACCAGUGGUGAGAAUCUGCGUGGACGGUCUUCAAUCCUCGUCGAUUACGAUAAAACGCUCGGCUGGAGCAAAAUUACGUCUCUUGGCAAAGUAUAGAUCUGAAAAUCGAGCAUUAAUUGGUGAAUCCGGCGCUAUCCCAGCAUUGAUUCCCCUGCUUCGUUGUGGCGAUCCCUGGACUCAAGAACACGCGGUAACCGCUCUAUUAAACCUCUCUCUGCAUGAGGGGAACAAGGUCCCCAUCACAAAAGCAGGAGCUAUAAAGCCUCUUGUUUACGUUCUGAAAACCGGUACAGAGGUGUCGAAGCAGAACGCUGCUUGUGCUUUGCUUAGUCUCUCAUUCAUAGAAGACAACAAGAUCUCUAUCGGUGCGUGCGGCGCCAUCCCGCCAUUGGUUUCUUUGCUCCUGAAUGGAUCGAACCGAGGGAAGAAAGACGCGCUUACAACGCUCUACAAGCUUUGCUCGAUGAAACAGAACAAAGAGAGGGCCGUUAGCGCGGGAGCCGUGAAACCACUAGUGGUCUUGAUUCCGGAGCAGGGGAGCGGUUUGGCGGAGAAGGCGAUGGUGGUUCUGAACAGCUUAGCUGCAAUUCCAGAGGGAAUAGAAGCAAUUGUGAAAGAAGGAGGGAUUGUGGUUCUAGUGGAAGCAAUCGAAGACGGGUCAAUGAAAGGAAAGGAGUUUGCUGUAUUGACGCUUCUGCAACUCUGUGCUGACAAUAUGCGCAACAGAGGGUUGCUGGUGAGGGAAGGUGGAAUCCCUCCGAUUGUUGCGCUCUCUCAGACGGGAACAGCUCGAGCCAAACAGAAGGCUGAGACGCUGCUUGGAUACCUGAGAGAGCUCAGGCAAGAAGCUUCGUCUUCGAGUCCACACAGACUCCCUGUAGAGAUGCUGUUUUAGUAUUACCUCUAGUGAGUUUCUGUUGACUGCAUCUGCAUGUAUAUAGCUAAGUGGGUUUAAUGGGUUUGUAGUUUUGUACAGUGUGUGCUGCGAGAGCUGCAGGUUGAAAAGAGAAGCAACAAUGGAGGUAGAGAAAAACUAACAUUAGUUACGGGGAUUUGGAUGUUGUUUGAAAUUGACUAGUCCAAAUUCUGUUCAGGAAAAAAGAGAAACAGUGCUUAAACUGAACUACGUUUGUAAUAUAAUAUAAUAUAAUAUCUGAUUUACUAA